AAUGGAUUUUGUAAAAUGUUUUUAUACGAAAUCCUUAGCUGUUUAUUUUACAUAGCUGUAGUGAUUGCUGAUAAAAGGGACUGGAAGAGCGAUCCGAAAGACACAAAAUGUCUAACUGGUUAUAUGACGGACGUACAGAAAUGGGUCGACAAAUUUGGGACACUAAACGCUGAGGAAGAUAUAAACACGUCGAGUAUUACAAUUUCGUCUCGUGAAGGUAUUAAUAAAUUACAAUAUGAAGUAGCUAACUUCAAAUGCACUCAAAAUCGAAGGAUUAGGUAUAUGAGUAUGGUCAAUUGCAAAUUGACUCGUGUACCAGCGGUGUUUAAAUGGAGAGAUAGGUUAGACCGUAGUUUAGCGGAUACCCUGGUGUAUUUAACGUUAUAUGGCAAUGACUUCGGAACACUAGAUAAAGCUGAAACGUACGAUGUCGCGUUAAACGCGUCAAACACACACGAGAUCAAUAUUAAUACGAACAUGACCACGUAUGGGAAACAAUUAACUUUGUGGUCCGUGGGAUUCCAAGCCUUCACGUUCAGCAACUUAAAAGAACUAGAUCUACGUUCAUGCUCCAUACAAGCAUUGGGCAGCCACACAUUCCAAAGGAUGCCAAAACUGAGAAAUUUAUACUUAGGAGAAAAUAAUAUACAUUAUAUUGAAACUAAUGCUUUUAGUUCUCUAACGGCUUUAAGGCAUUUAGAUUUAAGCAGAAAUUACGCUUACGAUGAAAACGGACAGCAGAGGGAUAUGUAUUUCGAAUCUUUGGAUAUAUUACGAAAUUUAAAUUUGGAAUCCUUAGAUUUGUCAUUUACAAAUUUUGGUCAGCGAAAUAUUAACAUAUUAAAGGGCGUCGAGAGGAAACUUAAGCGAUUGUCACUUUGUUACGCUGGCUUAAAUAGAAUAAGGGACGAUGUAUUCUACUUUCCGUCGAUGCAAUAUCUCGACGUUUCAGGUAAUUACGAAAUACUGAGCACACCGAAUGUAUUCAGAGAUCUAAAUAAUUCACUACAGAUACUAUUCGCUGAAAACGUAGCGAUGCGGAAUAUGAACAUAUUUCAAAAUCUAUCGAAUUUGGAAAUUUUAAAAUUGACCAAUAAUGAAAUAGUGAGUAUACCACCACACGUGGCGGACAGCUUGAAAAAAUUACAAAUACUCGAUUUAGAUAAUAACAGGAUAGCUUCUUGGUUUAGUGAUUUGAUUUCAUACAUGAAGAAUUUAAAGUUACUAUCGUUGAAAAGUAAUAACAUUAACCUCGUAACCAGAGAAAUGUAUUAUGACGUAGAGAAUCUUACAUACAUAUCUCUAUCCGGAAAUUUCUUGAUUUGCAAUUGUCACGCAAGAGAUGUAUAUGAAGUUGGUUUGAAGAAUGAAUUAAAACAAAAGACUACAUUAAUAACAGAACUAAACCGCCGUGCAAGUAGUCCUUUAUUAUUUCACACAGGAUUCCAGUAUUUCAACGAUAUAAUACGCCAAAGGAGUAACUUAACGAAUAUAUGCAAAGAAUCCAAAAAAUGCAAUAGCAAUUUCAGUCCAGAUGUUGUUGGAAAUUAUGUAUUUUUGGAUACUAAUGAUUUAACUGACAUGUAUGAAUGUUUGAUAGUAACCGAUGGCGUAACGAAAUCAGUAUCAGAGAUAGAUUCAUGUUUUAAAAAAAAUCGAGAAUUUGACAUGCCUGAUGAAUAUAUACGUUAUUGGAACAAAUUCUUACUUUUCAUCAUCCCCGGAGUGCUGUUCCCGGUGUUGUGUUUCGUCUAUGUCUUCAGGAAGAACUUGAGAUAUUUCGUGAUAACAAUGAGAAACUCAGCAAUGUUAAGCUUGAUUAAUAAGAAAGAUGUCUACGACGAUGGGUCUAUAUUUAACUAUGAUGUAUUUGUUUCGUACUGUAACGAGGACAGGGCUUGGGUAUUGGACCAGCUUCUACCCCACGUCGAGAGAGAUUGCAAUGUGAGCGUUUGUCUUCACGAGAGAGACUUUCAGGUUGGUCUCUCGAUCUUAGAGAACAUAGUUUCUUGCAUGGACCGGUCCCGUUCCAUUAUGCUUAUCAUAUCAAAGAGAUUCUUGCUGAGUCAGUGGUGUCAAUUUGAAAUGCAUCUUGCUCAGCACAGACUGUUAGAAACGCGCAGAGAAGAUUUGAUUCUGAUCCUGCUCGAAGAAAUACCGAGACGUCUUCGUCCAAACACACUUCACUAUCUAAUGCUCACGAAGACUUACAUAGUAUGGCCAAAAGAAGAAUCAGAGCAUAGUUUAUUUUGGAGAAGAAUGAAAAAGAGUCUAACAACGCAUAAGUUAAAACAGCAAGAUAAUGUGUCCUUGGCCUAAAAAAAGUCCUAUGAAUAAUUUU